UCGUUGGACUCCAGUUGCUUUUCCUCUCCACCUGUGAAUUUCCUUCAAGAAUUGCCAAGCUAUCGGUCCAUUGCACGCAAGAGGACGACCAUUCCUACCCGAGAGAAGCAAAGUGGCACUUUGCUAAAGCCGACAGACUCUUACAGCUCCCAGUUGGAAGGAGGAAUCACUGAAAACCUCAAUAGCCAAUCGAUUCGGAAGUAUGCACUGAACAUCUCUGAGAAGCGGAGGCUAAGGAACAUUCAGGAGACCCAGAUGAAGUAUUUAUCUGAAUGGGACCAGUGGAAACGGUAUAGCAGCAAGUCUUGGAAGAGGUUCAUAGGGAAGGCUCGCGAGAUGACGACCCACCUGGAGCUGUGGCGGGACGACAUUCGCAGCAUAGAAGGGAAGUUUGGCACUGGGAUUCAGUCCUAUUUCUCCUUCUUGCGGUUUCUGGUGUUGCUGAACUUGGUGAUCUUUCUGAUUAUCUUUAUGCUGGUUUUGCUCCCCGUCUUGCUCACCAAAUACAACAUCACCAACAGCACCUUUGUGCUCAUUCCGUCCAAAGACACGGAUGUUCAAUGCACAGUGUAUCCAAUAAGUAGUUCUGGACUCAUUUACUUUUAUAGUUAUAUCAUAGACUUGCUCUCUGGCACUGGUUUUUUGGAGGAGACCUGCCUCUUUUAUGGACAUUACACCAUUGAUGGGGUGAAAUUUCAGAACUUCACCUAUGAUCUGCCCCUGGCUUAUUUGUUAAGCACAAUUGCCUACCUGGCCCUGAGUCUUCUUUGGAUAGUGAAAAGGUCAGUGGAAGGGUUCAAAAUCAACCUGAUCCGGAGCGAGGAGCACUUUCAGAGUUACUGCAACAAGAUCUUUGCUGGCUGGGACUUCUGCAUCACCAACCGUAGCAUGGCGGACCUGAAGCACAGCAGCCUGCGGUAUGAGCUCCGGGCAGAUCUGGAGGAAGAAAGAAUACGGCAGAAGAUAGCAGAGAGGACCUCGGAAGAAACAAUACGGAUUUACUCUUUGAGACUGUUUUUGAACUGCAUUGUUCUGGCUGUUUUAGCUGCAUGCUUUUAUGCAAUUUAUAGAGCAACGAUAUUCUCACAAGAGCACAUGAAAAAAGAAAUUGACAAGAUGGUUUUUGGAGAGAACCUUUUGAUAUUGUACCUGCCUUCUAUUGUGAUCACGCUGGCCAAUUUUAUCACCCCAAUGAUCUUUGCCAAAAUCAUCCACUAUGAGGAUUAUUCCCCAGGCUUUGAGAUCCGGCUGACAAUCCUUAGGUGUGUGUUCAUGCGCCUGGCCACCAUCUGUGUGCUGGUAUUCACCCUGGGCUCCAAGAUUACAUCCUGUGAUAACUACUCCUGUGAGCUCUGUGGCUACAACCAGAAACUCUACCCGUGCUGGGAGACCCAAGUUGGACAGGAAAUGUACAAGCUGAUGAUCUUCGACCUCAUCAUCAUCUUGGCCGUGACGCUUUUUGUGGAUUUUCCUAGAAAGCUCCUGGUGACCUACUGUUCCUCUUGGAAACUGGUUCAGUGCUGGGGACAGCAGGAAUUUGCCAUUCCUGAUAACGUUCUGGGGAUUGUUUAUGGGCAAACCAUUUGCUGGAUUGGAGCCUUUUUCUCCCCUCUUCUCCCUGCAAUUGCAACCUUGAAACUCAUUAUCAUCUUUUAUGUGAAAGAGAUAAGUCUUCUUUACACCUGCCGGCCCUCCCCAAGGCAGUUCAGAGCAUCCAAUUCUAAUUUCUUCUUCCUGUUGGUGUUGCUGAUAGGGCUGUGUUUGGCAAUAAUACCUCUGACGAUCAGCAUGGCACGCGUCCCUUCCUCAAAAGCUUGUGGGCCGUUCACCAACUUCAACACCACCUGGGAGGUGGUCCCCAAGACAGUGAGCACCUUUCCCAGCUCACUGCAGUCCCUGGUCCAUGGCGUCACCUCGGAAGCCUUUGCAGUGCCUUUCUUCAUGAUCAUCUGCCUCAUUAUGUUUUAUUUCAUCGCCCUUGCCGGAGCACACAAGCGGGUGGUGGUCCAGCUCCGAGAGCAGCUGUCCCUGGAAAGUCGUGACAAGCGUUAUCUAAUUCAGAAACUAACGGAAGCCCAGAGGGAUAUGAAGAACCGUCUAGACUGGCAGUGA